CGAUAACGCAGCUCUUCACACCGAAUUCACGGGUUAAAGGUUAAAGUUGAACUAAAGCGGCAGCGUAUACAUUGCGUUAGCCGACAAUGGCUAAACAUCAUCCAGAUUUGAUCUUUUGCCGAAAGCAAGCCGGUGUCGCUAUCGGGAGACUUUGCGAGAAGUGCGAUGGAAAAUGUGUGAUCUGUGAUUCCUAUGUGAGGCCAUGCACGCUGGUGCGUAUUUGUGACGAGUGUAACUACGGAUCCUACCAGGGACGUUGCGUCAUCUGCGGAGGACCAGGUGUAUCUGAUGCCUACUACUGUAAAGAGUGCACCAUCCAGGAGAAAGAUCGAGAUGGAUGUCCGAAGAUCGUGAACUUGGGCAGCUCCAAAACAGAUCUGUUUUAUGAAAGGAAGAAGUACGGCUUCAAGAAGAGGUGAAGACUCUGCGGUCCGCUGCCUAUUUUAGUUUUUCAGCUUUUCUUUAAAACUUCCACGAAAUCAUUUUUUGACUUGAUAAUAAAGAUCACUUUUAUA